CUGACAGCACGUUCAUGUCCAGCUGCCAUUUAAACAAAGAGCAAGACGAACCAAACCAGAAGUGUCAGCCGACAAAAGUCCACUAAGAAGUCAGGCGAUUUUUGUUUUACUCGAAAACCCAUCAAAGGAAACUAAAUACUUUCUGAGUUAAAGCAGCGAUCUGCGUCGCACACGUCCAACUCGGUAAAUGAAGAUAAAAACGAGGCGGGAAGCGUAUUUUCGACAGAAUUCGAUAUCAGUGUUAGCUGCUUAGCUAGGCUACUGUCCUCGGUGGACCCUGUAACUAGACUCGAUGUAACGUUUUAAAUGCACUUCUCCGCGGGAGAAACUGUGGACUAAACUUAAUGUAACACCUCAAAUCUCCCUUCUCAUGCCGGAAACGGAUCAUUAACCCCAUGUGACAUCUUUGGGUUUCCUGUUUGCGGUAGACACUGAUAACUAAACUUGAUGUGACUCAUUAGCUGACCUCAGCAGCACCCUGGGUGCCGUGUUGAGACGCAGACGCUUAGGUGGGCUUCCGUUGUUCUAUCACAAAAUGUGGCUGCAGCAGAGACUGAAGGGGCUCCCGGGGUUGUUAUCCAGCAGCUGGGCAAGGAGGGUCCUCAUCGGGGUGCUCCUCCUCCUCAUCUUCUACUGGUACCUGGGAGCGGGCGGCAGGUGGACGUUCCUGGGCGGCCCGUCCCUGCACGGAGGCGCGGUGGGACAGUGUCUCCAGACCGAGAUCCACAGGUGGAGGUCCAUCGUAGAACGGGGAGAGGGGGUCUACAGGUCACCGGAGGAACCGCUGGACACGCCUUUUGUGUCCGGUAAUGGACACAUAUUGAUCGACGUCGACUCUAACAGGCUGUGGGUGUCUUCGGCUCCGCAGCCCGGCUCGGCUCCGGUUCUCCAGACCGAAUUCUCCCCGAGGAUGGGAGUUAAUCUGGACGGCGAGCGGGCUGUGGCCCGGGCCAGCAUGCUGUGGUUCCGGAAGGGAGCCGUGCUGUCAGUCCGCUGCGUUUUAACGGCCGCGGCGCAGUCCUCCCGGGACUGCGUUGCUAUUCGGGAGGAAUUCAUGGCCCACCGGAGCAGACCCAACGUGUACCUGCAGCGAAUCCACGUGAGCAACCCCUCAGACAGAACCGUCACCCUGGACAUCACCUCCGACAACCCGACCCACAGGAGCAAGUUCUCCACCAGUGUGGAGACCUUGGAGAACCGAGAGGUGGAGCUAUCCUCCGGCAGGGUGGCGGUGGAGAACCAGAUGGUGCUGGUGGUGGUGGUGACCAGAAAGCCCACCAUCAGGGUCCAGGUCCAGGCCAAAUCUGAGUAUUCAGACAGUGUCCUGUCCGUGGUGUGGACCUCACAACCCAUUGAUCCUUCCAAGCUGGAGGAGACCUUCAGCACCCUCCGAGAUGGAGCCAAGAAGGAGAUGGAGGAGCUGCUGAGGACUGAUGUCGCCAACCUUGUUCUGGAUCACCAGAAGGCCUGGAUGGACCUGUUCAUUUCAGGUGUUGAAAUGAGGAGGAUCACGGACUCCCACACCCCGUCCAGCCGUACGGUGAACACCACCCUUUACUACAUCCUGUCCGCCACCACGGCGCCCCUGCUGGACAACCGGCUGGCCAGUGAGGAUCGAGCUCGUCUGGAGUCCAGCCUGAACUACGCCGACCACUGCUUCAGCGGCCACGCCACCAUGCACGCUGAGAACCUGUGGCCCGACAGGGUGAGCAGCACCGCUCAGAUCCUUCAGCUGGUCACCUUGUGGACUCUGACGCUGCAGAAAAGAGGCUGCAAGGUCCUGGUGGCUACCGGCGCCCACGGGGCCAUGCAGGGCAUGGUGCUCAGCUUCGGUGGCCUCCAGUUCACGGAGAACCACCUUCAGUUCCAGGCCGACCCGGAUGUGCUGCACAACAGCUACUCCCUGAGAGGGAUCCACUACAACCAGGACCUGAUCAACCUGGCGGUGCUGCUGGACCCCGACGGAAAACCCUUCCUCCACGUCUCGGUGAAGCAGCAGGAGACGGCGGUGAAGCUGUACGCCUGCGAGGCCGGCUGCCUCAACGAGCCUGUCGAGCUGACGUCAGAGGUCAAAGGUCACACAUUCCCCAUCAUGGUGACUCAGCCCAUCACGCCGCUGCUCUACAUCUCCACCGACCUGCGCCACCUGCAGGACCUCCGUCACACCCUGCACCUCAAAGCUAUCCUGGCCCACGAGGAGCACAUGGCCAACAGGUACCCGGGUCUGCCCUUCCUGUUCUGGUUCAGCGUGGCGUCGCUCAUCACGCUCUUCCACCUCUUCCUCUUCAAGCUGAUUUACAACGAGUACUGCGGCCCCGGGGCCAAGCCCCUCUUCAGGAGCAAGGUCUUCGGGAAACGUGAGGACGGCUCCUGCGACUCCUUGGAUGCUCCUUAAGCUCUGUUGCAGCGCAUGUGGAUGCAUUAACAUGGGGGGGGGGGGGGGGGUCUGCUGCUGUUGCAUGUUUAACCACCUGCACCUUUCCCGGGAAUAACAUCCUGAAUGACCUGAUUCCCAAUCCUGCUGUCGAUGAUCUUCUGCGGCGUUGGAACGACAAUUCCGUUAAAUCCCUAAUUAUUCCCGUCUGUCGACACUCGGCUGUAAUCUAACACCAGAUUCGUCCUUCCACCAGUAGGACACCUGGAUAUCUGGCUUUGGUGGAAAAAUGGUGUUUAAAGGAGUUUUUGACAUGAAUCAAAGGGGGAAGAUCUUAUUUUUCUCUAAAUGUAACAAAUUAUAAAAAGGAUCAACUUGUGUGAGAACCUCCGUGCUGUCCUCGCGUAGGAAACGUUGGGCUUGACGAAACUCCCGUGUCCAAAGGUGGUUUAGUUUCGUGUCUGACUGCUGGGCUCGUCAAAGACCAGCGAUUCCCGCCACGCCGUCCUCGGAACGCCGGAUACAACUCAACAAGUGAAGGAAAAACUAAACUCCAGCAGAUAAAACCAGAGAGCUGCUUCAGCCGCUCGACUUUGUGACGGUUCAGAUCCUCUGGAGGGAGAAAACCACGGCAGGCUGUUUUUAUUAUUCCCGCAGGAUUAAUACGUAAUCCCGGCAGUAGCUCCCGCUGCCAACCAAUAACCAUUCAAUUAUUAGUGAUUAUAAAAUAAUAAAGGUGAUUUUGACCGCAGAUGUUUGGCUACUGGUGCCACUCUGACUAGCUGUUAGCUCAUCAAUCUGAUCAGUUAGUCUCCGUUUCUCCAAACUGAGGUUGAGUGCGUGUUCUCUGUACCAGACGUUAUUGGUGAAAAAGUUCCUUUAAUUCAGUCUGGAGAAAUGAGCGCAGGAAUUCUGGAUCAUUGAAGGCGCUUCAGGAAACCCGGCGAGUCGUCGGUCGACGCCGUCUCAGGUACGAAGUUUGGAUCCAGUUUCUGUCCAGAACCAACCUGCCUUUGUUGUUUUUCUUAUUCAGCCACCAGAGACCGGAGAGGAGCAUCAGGGUCGGACGACCCGGACCGGGAACGCUCCGGAGUUUGUGUAAAUAAUGAGAAUUUACUGAUUUUCUUCCUUUUUCCGUUUUGAUUUCAGCAUCAGCUGUUGGGUUUUUCAGAAUAAGAGCAUCCUUAUUUCCGGCCCUGCGGAGGUUGAGCUGGCGAUCGUUAUAAAUCAGGCUCAUGAACACGCUUCAGCUGAUUGGUCAGUCCUCUCUAAUGUGAACUACUGAGUGCCUUAAUGAAGAAAGGAGGUCAUUUAUUGAGUCGCUGGUAAAACAUUCAGAUUCUCACUUGGAUGUUUCGUCGAAACCGAAGCGAAAUAGAAAUUUGGAGUUUGGUUUUUUUGGGAAUGAAUCGUGGAAUUCUUGUGAAUUUUUGUUUGUUGUUUGUUGGAAUCUGAUCGAAUAAAAACCUGAAACAGAUAAA